AUGAGAGAUCGUGCGGAAAGAUUCGCUGUUCUUCCUUUCUCAAACGGCUGCACUUCACAAUCCAGCGUUGCUCUUGGCUCUGCUCAUCCCAAGAAACCAAAACCAGAAUCCAUAUCAAACCCUCCUUUAACGAGAAAACAAGGAAGAGAAAGGUCGUCAUCUAGAGCAAAAAUGAAGAACUCUUUUGGUUUUCUGGCUCUGCCAAAGCCAACCAUAGCUGGUGGCAUACAGCGGAUGAUCAGGAGCAUCAAAAGUUUUUCUCAACUCUUUGUUUACAAAGAAGAGGUUGAAGAAAUGGAGAAGGAAAUGGAAAUAGGACACCCAACAGAUGUGAAGCACGUGACGCACAUAGGAUUGGAUGGCUCUACAACUACAAACCCUGUAAAGGGUUGGGAAAAUCUCAAAGCUCCUGAAAUUCUUUCUUUCCCUUCGAUUUCUUUAAGGCAGUUCGAGCUCGCCAUGGCAGCACAGGCUCAGGAGCCUCUCGUUGUUGACCCCUCAACGUUUAGUUAAUGAUAAUAUUAAGAUUUAUUAUCACGAUUAUGGCCUCAACGGCGUCGUCUUGAUAGGUAUAAACUUGAUUGAUGCAUGAUUUGAUUAAUUAGGUCGGUGGUGAAGACAUGGAUUCUUGAUCAUUGAAAAACUUACGGCGAUGAUGAUGUGUGUGUUACUUGUACACAGUCUGAAAAAUCAGACGGAAAGAUUUCCCAAAGCUAGGCAAUGAUGAUGAUGAUGAGAUUGCAGCCGUAGAGAUUUUGCAACCUGAUUAAUUUUUUUUUACGGA